ACGUAUCCCUUCGAAAGAUUCCUCCAGUAGGAGAAUUUCAUUGCUCGUUCUCUCGCUCUCCUGCAGACCUACGCGAAUGAAGGUUUCCCGAGGGCAAUUCUAAGGCUUCCCCAAAGGAGGAGCCAGUUUCCAUAGGAAACAAGUAACAACAGACGUGGGGGCUCUCGGGUCACCAAGUAGAUGUCUCGUUCUCGAUCGCAGGAAAAAAAAUGGUUCUAUAUCCCUCUAAAUGUUGCCAUUAGCAGCACUUAGGAGUAUUUGGAGUGGGUGGCGGCACCAGCAGAACGGGUCGGGAAUCAUUGCUUCGCAACAUUUAGACACAUCCCUCCUGACAACAAGAACUGGUUUGUUCGAGGCCUUGCUGAAUCCUUGGAUCCGGCUCAGUAGGCUAGCGAAAGGAAGCAUGACGGAACUGCACGAAGUGGUGGCUUUGGGUAAAUACAAUUUAGUGGAAGAACUCCUCAAGAGUGGGCUCGCUGACCUAAAUGGCAAAGAUGCAGACUGGAGCGACAGGACACCUCUCCACUGGGCGGCAGCAAACGGCCACUCAAAGAUAGUAAAGCUGCUUGUGGAACAUGGCGCCCGCCUGUGCUUGAGAACUGAGGCAGGCUGGACCCCAGCUCAUUUUGCUGCAGAAUCAGGGCAACUAGGCGUACUGAGAACACUGCAUUCUCUGCACGCCCCAAUUGAUGCCCCAGAUCUCUAUGGGGAUGUCCCAAGAAGAAUUGCAGAGAUCUAUGGGCACAAAGCCUGUGUCAAAUUCUUAGAAAUGGCUGAAAUAGAAUACAGGGCAUAUUGCCAGAUGGCAAAAUCAAAGGGAAUCCAGCUGGAUGAGAAGGAUGAAGAUUGGGAGCUUAAGAAAGAAGAACUUUUGAAAAGUAAACCAUUCCCUCAGAAGAAACAUGUGAACCACAAGAUGCUGGGGAAGCCUGGUGUUCAACUUCCUUCAAGAAAAUAAUGAGAAGAAUCAUGUAUUUCAGAUAAGCUAGAUAAUGGGAUCUCAGCUGCCUUAACUUAGUAGUCAUUGCAACCCAUCUAUUUCAUUUUCCUAUUUUUCCAUUCUUGAAGUGAUUGAUGAUGAUGAUGAUGAUGAUGAUGAUGGGCUCAUUUCAUCACCAUAUCAGUUUAAGAAUUGUUUUAAACUGUGCAUGAAAAAUUCUAUUUUUAUAUGCAUUUCUCCC